UCUCCACAUGUUUCUUAAUUGAGGUCUGUUGAGUAUAACCUGCCUAUCCUCUUGCACUAUGACUCAAAACGACACACUUUCUUAAUAAGAACACAACAGAAAGUAAUUGAGAACAUUUACUCAAGUACGUACUUAAGAGGAGACGUAUUCCAUUUUAAUGCGAAACCUUCAGUUUACUUCAGUUAUGUAAGAGCUAUGGUUACUUUUUUUAAAUUAAGAUUGUACAUACAAAACAUGAUUGGUUAAAAUAUGAUCUAUUGUUACUGAUUAAAUACCAAACAUAUAUUAAGUAGUUCACAUUUUCUCCACCAUGACCAAAGACAACAUUUAAUCCAACACUGGAACUCAGUGAACAAUUAACAAUUACCGCAGUUGAUGAGUCAACUAACGGUUCUGACUUACAACAGUAAUUAUCUGUCUGAAGGAAGUGUUUUAGGCGACUAAACAAUUCCCACGAUUCCAUUCAUGCCUUCUUUGCAUACCGAUCAUUCAGUUGUUUCUUACCAAACCCAAACACAGGUCCAACAGGUGAUUUGCUCAGUCAUCCUUGUAUGAUGCAACUAACCCGACAAGAACAACAACUAUAAUGUACUGAGUCUUAAUCUAAUGUCAGAUAUUAACAUUGUCUGUAGCUCUAUUGCUCUCAUGACAUUAAAUGACACCAUUUAUCACACAUGACCUACCACCAGGUAGUAUCCUGACAUUUAGAGUGACAUUCGCAAUGUGGACAAACUGCAAUCACAACAUUUUUUUAGGUGAAGGGAGGAACACACCCACAUGACAACGUCUGCAUGUUAAAACAAAAAGCAGUUAGGAGGUAUUGUGAGGCGGCACUAUGACUCACCUCCGUAACCUGCUCCAACUACCAAAAGCGGAGAUUCCACGAGCUGGUAAGGACAGAUUUUUGAUCAAUUUCAGUCAAUAGGGUGAUACAUUCCUCUGACAAUACGAAAUAAGAUUUAAGAAACGGUUUAUAUAUGUAACAGCUUUGUUUUCACUGUUGGCAUCUGAAACUUCUGGUUAUGCCAUGCUUUCAUCAGUGGUGAGAGAUUACUUCCUUUUAUUAAACACUAAUGUUUCUUGCAUUUGCAGGAAACAGUUAAAACAUGAUGUCAGGUAAUAACAAAAAAAUUAUCCGAAUAAAUAACUUUAAGAAGCGAUUAUUCAGCCAUGUUAAAAGCAUCAUUCCUGAAAUAUUGUUAUAAUGUCUGUAGACCAUGGAGUCCUUUGUGAUGGGCACGAAGCCACCUAUUGUAUGAACGGAGGGACGUGCUAUAAAAUACUCGCCAUGAAUACACUCUCCUGUGUGUGCAAUGAAAAUUUCAAAGGCAGCCGAUGUGAGGAGUUCCAGCUCUACAGUAUUAAGACCCAUACAACAGAAGCAGGGUUAAUUGCAGCCGUGGUCAUCGUUGCCCUCUUUAUCUUAGUGAUGCUGGCAGUUGUUAUCUACCACAUACUCAGGAUGUUGAAAGCCAAGCAACAGAGCCAACAGAACAAUCAGCCACAGUAUUGGAGAGUAAAACCCAGAGUAUGAUCCGUCUUCUGAUGUCCAUUGGUUUCUCUUUUGGCUGGAGUGUUGGGUGGGAUGAUGAAAUAAGUCUGAGAGAUGGGGGUCACUUGCCUGUUCGACUCGAGACCAACAGGCAGGAGGAAAACCGUUUGUUUGUCGUCAACUGUGUUGACCUUGAGAGGGUAAGCUCAGUAUUUUUCACUUUAUUUUCCCCAUGUUUUGUGUCUAAGUGACCAAUGGGGACAACAUUCAAAUUGGUCCAGUAUUGAGCUGUAAUGUAAGGGGCAACUGCUUACUGUCAAUCAACGUCCAGUAAAAGCUCUUGCUUUUUCCACUGACGUGUAGACUGUUAUGAUGAAAGUCUAACACCAUUAUGAAGAGGACCCUACAGAGAAAUACUUACGGUUUCUGUAUCCUUUGCUUAAUCAUGUGUCUUGCUCAGAAGAGUCUCGUUCUGUCAUGUUGCCUGGCUAAAAAUAUGCAUUAACAUUCAGCGAUGGCAUCAAACAUCUUUUAGAUAACACUCAGCUGCGCUUUCUGUACUCCGAUGAACUCGGACAACACCGGUGUCCCUCUGCGCUCUGAAUUGAGUGAGCCGUUGCCAAGCGAUUACAUUACAGCGUUUUGCGACUGUUGUCUUCAGUGUUAUCCCUCAGGACCGGACCAAUUGAGAAUAAAUGGUUUCCCCAUUACUCACGGAGACACAAAAACAUGGGAAAAUAGAGUCAAAGUUGAAAAACACCAAGGUUAUUCUUUAACGUAGUCAAGAGCUGAUAAACACCUCAUGAGAUUUCUUGAGUCCAUGCUGUUCGCUAUAGAAACUGAGAGUGGGUGGGAUUGAAUCACAGUUUGCACAGCAGCCUUUUUAAAACUGCUAUGAAGUUGGCAUCGGUGUUACUCAUUUUAAAUCACAUUUCAAUCAAUCUGCUUUGCCUGAAAUGUAGAAAGCAUUGUUGGGGUUUUUAAUAUUAUUCCAAAUAUUGAACUUGAAAUAUGGAAUUAUGAAAUAACCCUUUGUAUCAAUGAAUGAAUAUGUUAUUAAAUAUAUAACAAACAGU